CUGUAUCAUUUUACACCAUUUGCGAAUACCGUGGAUGAAUUUUUGCUAUAUUAUGGCCGAACAAAAUUUUCUGUAUGCGAAAGUUUGACAAAAAAAUCAAAAAAUUCAACUUUUAUUUUUGCCUUUCUGCGUAAUUACUGGAUUGCUGCUGUAGGUGAUUCGUUUGCAUCUGGUGAAGGUAAUCCAGAUGUACCUGCAAAAAUCUCAACCACUUCUCCGGCACAGUGGCUUUCCGAACAGUGUCACCGAAGCAGCCGAUCCUGGGCAUUCAAAGUGUAUCAGAAGUUGGUAAACGGCACCAAACAAGCCGCUUUACAUUUUUCCUAUUUGCCCUGCUCUGGUGCAUCCGUCGACAACGGUAUUGUAUCAUCAUCGUUUGGCGAACCACAAGGAUCUGGUCCAGAAUUGCUGCUAAUAUCAGCGGGCGGUAAUGAUAUCGGUUAUUCAGAGAUAUUAUCAAAGCUUAGCUGGGGUGAAACCAGAUCACUUUUUUCAUCGAUAGAUAUGAGAUUUUUUUAUGUAUCACAUCAACUGGAUAAACUUGCUGCAAAAGUACGUGAAAUUAAACCUAAACAGGUUAUAAUUCCACAUUAUUUUGAUUUAUCAAGGAAUGAAAAAGGAAUUGUUGAUGCUAAUUGUUCUGAAUUAAAACAGAUUAGUACCAAAAAUUUGGUGUUAGCAGAACGAAAAAUAUUGAAACGUAUCAACAAGCUGAUAUCACAAAAAGCUCGUGAACAAUCUUGGACAGUUAUUGAUAAUAUUUCAGCAAUUUUUCGAUUUCGUGGUCUUUGCUCCACAAAACCAUUAAUAAGGAGUACAAAAGAUUCGCUUCGAUUACAAGGCAACAUAUUUGGUGCAUUUCAUCCCACUGAAGAAGCACAUCAACAAAUUGCAGAGCUUAUUUUAAAACAAAUUAAAAGUUUUCAACAAAAAUAA